UUUUUUCCAAUACUUGUUCAAACGCAGGUUGAAGGAGGCUCUACACUUUUUUCCAUGGACUUUUUUGAUGAACCGGCUUAUUUAACUCAAACAUCGCAGCCUUGUCUUGAGGCGUGCAUUUCUUCUCUGGAAGACUGUUAUUGUAUAGCACAAUCUUAUAGAGCUGAAAAAUCUCGAACGAGGCGACAUUUGGCUGAAUACUCUCAUGUUGAUGUGAGGCAGAAUGUCCAUUUAUUACUUUUGAAGAAUUAA